AUGGCCGAUCAAGAUGAGGACAUCUCGCACCUGCGCGCACCUGACGCGACAGAUUAUGAUCCCACUGAGGAGGCCCAAGACUUUCGACUUCUUGAGAAAUUGACAGCACAAGAUAGCGCACACCCAACACUACCAAAGCGCGGCGAGAAGGACUUUGAAAGUCAUGAGACAAACCUCCAGCUCGACACUCUCGAGGCCUCGCGCCGGGCCAUGCAUGGCGUCUUGUCAUGGCAGCGUACACACACGCAAAAGGGCCAUGUCCUAGCCAUGUAUGACCCAGAGCGCAACAUGGCUUGCGUAGACAAAGUCAAGUCACAACACUUCCAAACCAUAGGCACAAACAAGGGAGGAAAAGAGUGGCUGUUGCCAGAAGAAGCAUUGUUCUUACUUGAAAGAGGAACCUUGGACUGUCGAUGGCCGGUAAAACGCGAAAUCGGCGACAAGACGGUAUACAGGACCGAAGAUGGCGCACCCAUGAGUCUGCAAUCCGCCUAUGCAGCCUUUAUUGGUUUUGAGGGUGGUGUAGGAGGAAAACUCACAUUGGAAAUGUACAAUGUCUACGCCGGUCUGAAAAGAUCAGGCUAUGUCAUCUUCCGCACCGGAUCAUGGGACCACGACCGAGGCGAAAUCGUCGAAGCACCCCCAAGAUCUGAGCAAGAAGCCACCUCCAGCUCCAACGUCAUAACCCGCUUCUUCUCCGAAAUCUGGCGGCGCCUAAGCCAUCCAACCUACACCAUUCCCGUCUCCAACCUCGCCUUCGGGCCCCUCCUCAAACCCGGCCUCUUCAGAUCAUACACCGAUAUCUACCGCCUCCUAAGACUAAUCCCAACCCACGACCGCACCGCACCACCUACUUUCCUCUUACCUUCUUCGCCAGAAAAUCCCUACCGCAUCCACUUCGACGUCUACCGUACAACCUCCAAAUUUCGCAAAUCCGCUCGCGGUCCCCCCGAUUUUCGCAUCUGCGUUGUAGACGCCCGCACCACGCCUAUUCCCACGGGCGCACAGCUCAACGAUCUCAUGGCGCAGGUGCCCGAGGAUCCACCCAAAGAGACGGAUCAGCCAUAUCAGAGGUUGAAGCAUGGGAGAAGGAAUGUGGUGCUUGCUGUGGUGGAUAAUGGGAUUCCGAGCUAUAUUCGGGUUGCGGAUAGCGCGUUUGAGGAUGUAAAGAUUUAUGAGCGCGCCGGGCCGAGGGGCAAGGGGGGACGGGGGCGGGGUGGAGGUCGAGGAAGAGGUCGAGGGAGGGGGAGGGGACGGUGA